CGGUGCAAUAUUCGCCGAGGUAGCAAUAUACUACGCAAGCCAAGUUACAUAGCUCCAAGCUUGCAGCUUGCAGUUUAUCCAAGAGCUCCAACAGUCCACACGUCAAGAAUUGGAGAAUGGCUUCUCCACAGACGCCCAUUAUAUAAAUAAAUAUGAACUCGGCCGACUUCAAAAACUGGUCUCGAUGGAUCCAAGGCUUCAAAGAGGCGCAGAAGACCCCCAUCGCGAUCUUUACCUCCGAACCUCGCGAGGAUGUCGGUGCGACAAGGGCUAAGACUGCUCGCCCUUUUAGGCUUGUCCAAUGCUGCAUCGGCCCAGAACUAUCCUAACAGCAGCAGCUCAGCAAGCGAUACUGUUGCUGUAAGCUGGAUCGGUGAUACGCCGAAGAUCAACUCCGGAACGACUUUUGGGCUCCCUUGGCCUCGGGGAAAAUACCAAGCCAACUCGACUACCUUCGCCGCUCAUGAGGGGGAUAGUAACGACCAGGUACCGCUCCAGUCGUGGGUUCUGGCAUCCUGGCCAGACGGUUCGAUAAAAUGGUCCGCGCACGCUGUAGGUGCCUCCGAGACGGUGUAUGACGAGUACAAAGUCACGGCAUCAACCACUGGUGGAAGCAAUGCAAAGAGGUCAUCAAACUCAUCUUCUUCCGGGUUGACUGUCAGCGAGUCUGAUUCUCAAGCUACCGUCGACACGGGAAAAAUCUCCGCGACAUUCCCCAGGUCUGGAAGUAUUCUCGUGGGUGAAAUCAAGACAUCAAGCGGUAAGGUUGUCGGCCAAAAUGGGCGAUUGAUACUACGAUCUCAAUCCGGUGUCGAGGAUGAUGAUGAUGAUGGAAACUCAACGUCCAUUAACAAAUUCCAAUUCGAAAGUAAUGUCGAUAAUUCCACUAUUGAGUACGACGACAGCUCCAUAAGAGCGCUGGUGACAGUCCGCGGUACACAUAAAGUUACCUCAGGCGCACAUGAUGACUUGCUACCAUUCAUUCUCCGCUUUUACCUAUACGCAAACUCGGACAUCAUCCGAGUCGUCCACACCCUCAUAUUCGAUAACAAGGUCGACCAGGACUUCAUCUCAGGUAUCGGAAUUCGUUUCGAUGUUCCACUAAGUGGCGAAGAAUUAUACAACCGUCACAUCAGGUUGGCCGGCCCAGACGGGGGUCUCCUCCGUGAAGCUGUGCAGGGCAUCACAGGACUUCGGAGAGACCCUGGGGAAGAAGUCCGGACUGCUCAGUACAAUGGUACAGAGACACCAGAUGUUUCGACUUGGGAUACUACAGUCUCUUCCAGGUUAAAGUGGAUUCCUCCGUGGAGUGACUACAGCCUGACACAAUUGUCACCCGAUGGGUUCACGUUGAAAAAGCGGACGAAGUCGGGUCAGGGUUGGGUCAAGGUUCCCGGAGGCACUCAGUCUGGCGGCCUAGCUUACCUCGGAGGUGCUACACAGGGUGGUCUCGCCGUUGCCCUUCGCGAUUUCUGGAAGCGAUAUCCAACUGGUAUUGAUAUCUCGAAUGCUGCUUCGGACGUGGGUCAGAUAACACUCUGGCUAUACAGUCCCUCCGCUGGACCGAUGGAUCUUCGACCCUUCCAUGAUAAAUUAGGGGAGGACACGUAUGCGGAACAGUCAGACGCCCUCGAGAUCACCUACGAGGACUACGAGGAAGGCUGGGACACGCCGUAUGGAAUCGCGCGAACGAACGAAUUAUUUCUGUUUCCGUUCGAUAAUACGCCUCCCGCGGACACCUUAGCUUCUCUGAUCGACUACGCAAACGAACCACCACAGCUCGCCGCGGAACCACAAUACAUACAAGACACAAAAGCCAUCGGGUCUUACUGGGCGACAAUCCCCGACAACUCAUCGGCUGCGGCACAGACAAUUGAAUCGCAUUUCGACUUCUUGAUAAAAUACUACCAAGAUCAAAUCUCUCAACGGCGGUGGUACGGCUUCUGGGACCACGGUGACAUCAUGCAUACCUACGAUACCGAUAGACACACCUGGCGCUAUGAUGUCGGAGGGUACGCCUGGGAUAAUUCGGAACUCUCGCCGAAUCUUUUCUUCUGGAACUACUUCCUGAGAACCGGCAGAGCAGAUGUGUACCGCUUCGCAGAAGCCCACGCAAGGCACACAGGCGAGGUAGACGUUUACCACAUUGGACCAUACAAGGGCUUCGGCACACGACAUGGUGUCGAUCAUUGGAGUGAUAGUUCUAAACAGAUCCGUGUCUCGACUCCUAUCUACCGCCAGGUAUUUUACUAUCUAUCUGGCGGAGAUGAGCGAGUCGGUGAACUCCUCCACGAACUCAUGGAUGCCGAUAAAACCUUCCUCAUCGUAGAUCCGCGCCGUAAGGUCCGCGACCCUAAUAUCACUUAUGUUAUCGAGCCGACUGCUAUAGACCUGGAUCUCGGCCUCGACUGGUCGGGACUCGCUUCGACCUGGUUUAUCGAGUUGGAGAGGCGCGGCUCACGAUGGGAAGAAGCCCGAUCGAAGCUCAACGCGAGCAUGCACGGCAUCGCCGCCCUGAAGAACGGCUUCGUGACAGGGCUCGGCCUCUACAACAUCUACACGGGCGACAUCGCGCCUCCACUAAACGACCCCCAGAACCUCGGCGUCGUGGCCGUCACCCACCUCCCGGCGAGCUUCGGGCUCCCGGAGAUCAUCUCGCAGAUCGCGGACUACCUCGGCGACGACUUUCCCAAGUCCUUCGAGAGCGUCUGGCUGGACUACUGCUACUACUACGGGGCCAGCGCGGCGGAGCAGACGGCGCGGUACGGCGUCAGCUUCGGCAACCUGAACUUGAAGCAGGGGCACUCGCGGCUGACGGCGUACGCGGCCAAGAAGCUCGGCAACUCGACGCUGGCGGCGCGCGCGUGGAACGAGUUCCUGAACACGGACGGCCUUUCGCCGGAUGAACCGUGGGCCACCGAAGCGAUCAACGGAAGCCUGGUCCUGUCCCCGGUCGACGAGGCGGCGUGGCUCGCGACGAACGAUGCCGCGCUUUACGGAUUGGCUGGGAUUGAGAACUUGGCCCAGAUUGCGUAUGCCUUAUAAAUGUAGGUACCUAAUC